UGCAGGUACCUGACUCAGUACGACUGUGUGACCUUCUACAACCUGCUGCAGUCACUCAGAGGAACAGAGAAAAGUUUUGGGAAGAACAGCGGCUGGCUCUUCCUAGAUGCUGCCAACUCCAUGUUUGUGCGUGCUCGAGCGCGUGUGUACGGACAGUCCAGCGGGGUUGCCAAGGGCAACGGCAAGGACACAUCCGCGCAGCCGGUAACCCCUGACCUCCGGCUGGAGGAGAAUCCCAAGUGGACGGCACUCUGGGAUGUCUUACAGGAGGUUCGUGAAGAGAACACAAAGCUAGACCAGCAGGGAAGCGUUUUGAUCGCGGCGUACGACGAUCGGACCUGCAGCCAGAUUAAAGAGUACCUUUGUGACGGCAGCCGCUCUCUGCUGACCAGACUGUACAACAAAACUCUGGGAGGAGACCGGACUGCACCACUGGCAGAGGGGGGAAAGGGCAAGACGAAGGUCAGAGGAGGGAAGAAGAGGAAGGCAGAGAAGUCUGAUGAAGGUCAAGUGACCUUGACACAGCUGGUCAAAGGUCAAGGAGAGGACAGCUGUCAGACCGAAGGCUCAACAGCUGGUACAGAGGAGCCGCCUCCCGUAUCCUCGCUGAACGCUUACUACGGAGUUCUGCCGUCACCCGUCACCAUUAUUCAUCCUCUGCAUGGCAACAAUGACCCCUACAGCCUGACCCGGACCCUGCACGAGGUCAAGCCGAGUUACGUGGUUCUCUACGACCCGGAGAUGGAGUUUGUGCGACAACUCGAGGUAUACAAGGCGGGAAGACCAGGUGUGCCCCUGCGUGUGUACUUCCUGAUCUACACCACCUCCACAGAGGAGCAGCGAUACCUCACCUCCCUCCGAAGGGAGAAGGACGCCUUUGAACAUCUAAUCAAGGAAAAGGCUAGCCUGGUGCUGCCAGAGGAGCCGGAUGUGACCCGUGACAUGACCCCUGCUACAGAGGUCAGCACCAGGAGGGCAGGGGGUCAGGAGUCACAGGAUGAACUUCAACCUAAGAUAAUUGUAGACAUGAGAGAAUUCCGAAGCGAGCUUCCAUCGCUGAUCCACAGACGGGGAGUGGACAUCGAACCCAUAACGCUUCAGGUGGGAGACUACAUCUUGACCCCUGACAUGUGCGUAGAGCGAAAGUCUAUCAGCGAUCUGAUUGGUUCCCUGAACAGCGGCCGCCUGUUUAACCAGGCCGUUGCCAUGACGAGGAGCUACAAGAGACCAAUCCUGCUCAUCGAGUUUGACACCAACAAACCCUUCUCACUACAGACUAAAGGAGCAGGCCACUACGAGAUGUCUUUCCAGGAAGUCCAGGCAAAGCUGGCUCUCCUCACGCUGCACUUCCCCGGCCUGCGCAUCCUGUGGAGCAGGAGUCCCUACGCUACGGCCGAGCUGUUCCAGGAACUCAAGUUAAACCGCCCCGAGCCGGAUGCGGCACAGGCGGCGGCCAUCGCCAUGGAGACAGAGUCCAUCAUCCCAUCUGACAAGUACAACCACCUGUCACAUGACAUGGUGCUGAAGCUGCCGGGGGUCAACUCUAAAAACUACAGGUCCAUACUUGACAAGACAGAGAGCCUGGCAGACCUGGUCACCCUGACUCAGGAGCAGAUAGCAGAUCACCUAGGCAACGCUGCGAACGCUAAACUUCUCUACCAGUUCCUCCAUACAACAUUCACUCCAACUUCGGAGGUAACAAAACCAAAGACAAAAAGAUAGCGCCAGGAAAUUUUAGAUAUAUUUUUGGAAACUAUAAAAAAGAACACAGUAUUAUUUUGAAAGGUAACAAAUAACAGAUAAACUGUAUAUAUAGGAAGCAAAUACUAAACUCCUGUAUGAGUUCCUCCACACCACAUUCACUCUGACUUCUGAUGUGACAAAAUAUAAGACAAAAAGAUAGCAAGAAAAGAUGUAAGUAGAGUUUGUUUGAAAUUGUAAAAAAAAUGGAUAUUUUCUUAUGGGAAACAGACAAUGGCAGUAAAAAUGUAUAUAGUUUUAUUAAGAACAUCCAAACAGUAAAGAGUUGUUGAGUUAAAGCUUAACAGGUAGAAAAAGCAAGUAAAAAUUCAAUACUUUUGGGAAGGGGAAAACUACCAAACCAUUGGUGCAAACAGGACAUUAUUGUAUUUAUUACAUCAUACUGAAUUUGAUUAAAAGUCAAUGUUGUACUUUA